AUGGACGAGUACAUGUUCAAGUUCUUUGUGGAUGAGUGUCGCGUGGUAGAGGAGAAGACGAGCUAUGUCGAGAUUUUCAACUACACUGAUGCGUUUUACAAUUCGGUGGAGGAGCAUCCGCUGCCCAUGUCGGAGUUUGAGAACUUUCUGAAUCGAAGGGGCGCCUUUGAGCCGCCGCAGAAGAUGCGCGAGGGCACAAAACUCUUGAGCGGCAUUCGACUCAUUAUCCAAAAAGAUGCCCAGCACAAGGACACAUUCAUGCCAAGGAUCAUCUCCUUGCCAAAGGACAAGUACAUGACCAUGGCUAGGACACUCAAACUGCCCUUCCGCGCCAUAGAAUCAUCGUCUGUGGUCGGGCCCUUCUUUUGGUGCUCGUAUGACCAGGACGAUGAAGACCCGCAUCUCCACAUUGUGCAUCGCAAAUCAGAUGUGCGCAAAAAGGGCAGAACCCGCGGCUGGGAAAUGAUCCUGUCCUACUCCUUCAGAACCGGCAUCACUACGGGCUUCAUCAAGGGCACGCCCAGCUCCGACAUUGUCCAGGCGCUCAAACACCUGCGCGGGUGCUACAGCCAGGUUGGCCACCCGAUGCUCCUCUCCACAAUCAUCCUCUCACACGACCUCUCGCCCGCCAACGACGAGAAGCAGCGCGAUGCGCGCGACUGGCUGCGCCGCCUGGAGAACGCAGUCAGCAUGCGCGACGAAGUCGACACCGAGGAGCAGUAUUUCCAGGACGGAAUCCUGUCCGUCGACGGGCUGAACCGCGACUUGGUCGAGUGCCACAGCCAUGUCAUGUGGAAGCGGCCCCAGGCGUAUUUCAUGCUGGUCAGGGAGAUGGAGCUGUGCAUGGAGCGCUUCAAGGUUUCCUGGCUGGAUUGGAAGAAGGAUUUCUUGAGCGAUGAGGAGAUUGCGCAUAGGAAGACGAUUGAUCAGCUGCACAGGAGCAUUCUGGCGCGGCUGGAGUUUUACAAGGUCAAGCUCAAGGGGCUGGAGAAUUAUAUCCACACUACACUGGAGAGAUUGAAAGUCCAGCGAGAAGCACUGUACAACAUCAUCUCUCAGCGAGAGGCCCGACUCAACCUCGAAAUCGCCGGAGAGCAGCGCCGCAUCGCACACGCAAGCAAGCGCGACAGCACCGCCAUGAAGACAAUCUCCCUUAUGGGAGCCCUCUUUCUCCCAGGCACGUACCUCGCCUCCGUCUUCAGCAUGACCUUUUUCAACUUCCAGUCGGGCGCCGACCCCGUCAUCUCCAACUGGCUCUGGGUCUACUUCAUCAUCACCAUUCCCCUGACCGUAAUCAUCGUCGGCUUCUGGCUGUGUUGGCAGAAACGUAAUACGUAA